AAUAAAUGGUCUAGAGAAUACACAUAACACAUAAACUGUAGAAUUAGGAUGGAUUGAAGACGAGGACGAUGUCGGUGGAGGAGGUGUUGAGGACGAUGUCAGUGGAAGAUGCUGGGUAUGGUGACUUUUCGAAAUUAGACUCAGACGAUGACAAAGGAAAACAGUUCCAGGAUUUAGUGAUAAAGUUCAGCAACCUCCGUACUCUGUUGGAACCUGGAGCUGGGCGCUUUGGGGAGACCGCAGAAAACGAUAUUAGGCACAAGAUAGCUAAGACAGACUAUGCGGUUAUAGUUGGGGUAUCAACCCAGGAUAACCUUCCUCUGGACUCUGUUGGAAAAGCGCCAGAAAACGACGCCACUGUCAUGUCCGAUAUAUGCAGAUUACAUCUUGGCAUGAAGCCAAGUCGGGUAAAGCUCCUCACUUCACACAGAAAACGUCCGACCAGGGAAAAUAUCAGGAAGGCAGUGAAGGACGCACUGAAGACGACAAAAAGGGAGGACAUGGUCCUGAUAUACUAUAGCGGUCACGGACACACUGUUCAGGAUGAGCACUAUCUUGUUCCACAGGACUUCAGAAUGGAGGACACCCACGGGACAGGUAUCUCAGCUAGGCACUUCUACAAAUGGUUUUCAAAGUCAGACUGUCGGAGGAUAGUCCUGAUACUGGACUGUUGUUACGCGGAGAAGUUCACAGAAGCUUUCUACCGGGUGAGAGGUGAUCAAGAGAUGGACAAACAUCUGUACCUGUUAGCCAGCAGUGAGAUGUCACAACCUUCCGUGUCAGAUGAGUCGUGGUUGGAGUACGGUUACAUGACCUUCUUUAUCAAACAUUACUUUAACUUUGUCUGCGCCCCAGUUCAUCAGGUGUCCAUGUUGGGGCUAACACGUUUUAUUAAGAAAUAUGCGGUACCUCUCAGUAGGUUUACUUACACAGUGGAGGAUAAACAAGUAGAGCAAAGACCAGUACUAGCACACCUAGGGCCUGAUGGUGAGGUGGAGACGGACGCUUCCUACUAUGAUCAGAUAGACCCAGGUCUAGUAGACUACUGGUCAGGCAGGAUCAGGAAGUCGUACGCUUAUCAGUCCUGGUGGUAUGAGCGGAUGAAGGACGCCAAGGUAUUACUAAGUGAACCAACAUUCAGCUACUCCCGCCUCUACUUCGCCAUCUUCCUCAACGGUCUCAGCUCCCUCUGCAUACUCCUCUGUGAGCGCGACAGUUUCCAGAAGGAGCUGGACACACACGAACAGUUUAACGCAUUUGCUCUGGCUCUGGAGCAGCUGGUGACACGUGACCUAGAGGGUGUGACCCACUCAGAGUUUGAGAGAUAUGUUGCAGGGGAGGGGGUGUGUGAUCCCCGGGGUGUGAUACAGGGUGGGGUGUCAGAGGGGAUAAGGUCUGUUAGUCAGCCUUCAGCUCCUCCAGAAACUUAUGUUUGUACUGUUAACAGCACGUUCUGAAUUAGAACAGUUUUAAUUUAUUCAAUUUACCAUUUUGGCGAGAAUUUUGCGUUUGAGUGAUAUCCGCUAGAAAGUUGGCAUUGCUGUUAUCAGUAAGUUAGUUAUAGUAUUACACUUCGAAUUGAAAGACUUGAUUUUUGAAGAAGACCUAAUAUUAUCAUAUUUUCACACUGCAUGUCUAUAAUUAUACGAAUUUGAAAACACUAAAAAUGUGAAAACGAUCAUAUUGUUAUAGGUUUUUUACCCGUGCGUAAUACAAAUAUAAUAACGUUCCAGUACAUUAAUUACAAAUAGAUACGACACUGCUCUGUUUAAUCAGAGCUGUUGAAAUUUUAG